AAUUGACACAGAAGUCUAUUGACGCAUGUGACGUGACAUGAAAACAAAAAAUGUUUGUUUGACAACGAUAAUCGGUUGAUGUGAAUCAGAGAAAUUCAAGUUCAGAUGCCAGAAGGUAGGUGAGCAUCACGAAGGGAUAAACAUUGUGUCGAUGGCAGGCGAAUAAAUUAUUAACACUUAGGUUACCCCAAAAAGGAAUUACCGUGCGAUCGAAUAUUUCAGUCGUCGAGUCGUCCUAUUGCUGCACUGACUAUGACAACUCUGAGGGGAAUUUUUCCUAGUCCAAAACCACCGAUACGAAAGAAUUUCAUCCAAGAAAAUGUAAAAAACCUUCGUCGUAUGGAACAGUAUUUUCACGCCAGCAAAGAAGUGGAGGACUUGGAUAAGUUGAAACUCCGGAACAGACAGGGAAAAUAUCAGAACGUAGCAGCACGUGUGAACUCUAGUUUACAUCGAUCACGAAGGAGACUCGGGGAACAGAAUCAUUCGGCAGAGAGUAGAGAAAUUGUGGUCCAUCCCCUGGAGAGAAAAUCUAGUGCUCCCGAGCUUAGAAAUGAUGAAGCCACCGUAACAACUCCAAGUGGGAAAAAAAAAAUUUGUGACAAGAGUAGAGUCAUUUCGGCUGUUGUUAAUGGAAAGCAGAAGGGCCGGGAGAAGGGCGAGGAUAAGCCUCAGACGAUGCCAAAGGUUUCCCUGAAUCUCGAUUUGACAGAGGACAGAACACACUGUGAUAAUAAUUGCGAUAUUUCAAAGUACAAAAGUAAAGGAAUCCAGACACUGGAUACGGAUAAUUUGGAGGGGAUUUAUGCUGAGGGAAUUGUUAGGUAUCCAUCAGCUCGAAGCUUGCCGACCAACGAAGAAGAGCCACUGAGCAGGGAUGACGGAUCUCCAAUAAAAAAUCAGAAAUCCCGGAAGAAACCCAACUCAUCGCCUUCGAAAGACACUACAGAUUAUUCAAAAUUAAACAAAGAGAAACUUUCUGUAGCGAGCAAAAUGGCGGCUCAGCUAAAUAAUGGAGUACUGCCACCUAAUUACAGGAAAGGAGUGGUACCCAAGUACAUCAAAGAGAGGAAAGAAGAACGCCAGCAAGAGAAGGAACGACAAGCUAUCGCGGAAGCACUUCUUGCUGAGUGCCCAGAUGGUCACGUCCCAUUGCCUGAUAACGAACGGAGGGAAACAUUGAAAUUACUGAAAAAAAAUUAUCAAGAGUUGGUUAAUGAACUCAACAUGCUGCCCAUCAGAUCAGACACCCUACGGUCUCAAAGGCGAAAAAUUGAAAUCGAGAGACAACUGACUAAACUCGAAGAAGGUAUUAAAGUUUUCUCGAGGCCAAAAGUAUUUGUUAAAAUAAACGCCUGAAAAAUUCUCAUUCACAUUAUCCCCAAUUUUGUAAAUAACUGUAUAUUAUUAAUCGUGAAAACAAUAUUGUGGCAUAACUACUGCUGUUUCAUGUGCGUCUACAAUGUGCGAGUACAAAAUAAAAAUAUUUUUGUCAAAUUUA